GCGCCCGGUAAAGUGCAGUACUCCCAAACAAAACAGGUUGUGCAUUCCCAGCACUUGAAUGAAGCUCCAUUGCAGCCCUGGUUUAUCACUGAUGAUGCUGGCACAGUUUUAUCAGCUCAUUGUAACUGUAUGGCAGGUUUGGGUGAAUCAUGCUCACAUGUGGCAAGUAUGAUGUUUCCUGUUGAAGCUAUUGUGAGAUUAAGACAAACCGCCACUGUCACACAGCAACCUGCAUACUGGAAACUUCCAGCUUCUCUUAAAAAGGUUAACUAUGCAUGUCUAAGAAAGAUUGAUUUCACCUCAUCAAAGACUUUGAAAAAGAAACUUGACCUGUUAAUUGAGGGUUCUAGGACAUGUUCGACUUCAUCAAGUGCUAAACAUAUCAUGGAGUUAAAACCUGCAUCUACCGUCAGUUUUGACAAUUUCCUUCGCACUAUUAAUGCAGCUAAACCAUCUUGUCUUGCGGUUCAUAGUGAUUACAGUGAUCAGUAUGUACCUGUACCAUUACAACAACAAUUUCCUCAAGUGAUCACUGAACCAUUUGAUGAAAGUAUGGUUGGCAUCCCAUACAAUGAUUAUUUACUACACUGUCACAACGUUAUAAAUCAACUAAACAUUACAGCAGAGGAGGUUUCAGCAGUUGAAGCAGCAACAAGAAACCAAGCGUGUUCCCCAGUUUGGUUUCAGUUCAGGGCUGGCCGUAUAACAGCAUCAAAGAUGAAGAGUGUCAAUCGUACAUCACUGUCUGACCCUUCGAGGAGUUUACUUCGCCACAUCUGUUACCCGACUGAGGUCAAGUUUUCUAAUCCAGCUACGAGAUGGGGAUGUAGCCAUGAAGUAACAGCUAGGGACACCUAUGAGAAAUUGUCUUCUGAGCGUCACCAUAACUUCAGUGUUGAGGAAUGUGGCUUAUUCCUCAGCUGUGAGUAUCCACAUCUUGGGGCAACUCCUGAUGGUAUUGUUGACUGUAGCUGUUGUGGAAGGGGCUGUCUUGAGAUUAAGUGUCCAUUCUGUGCAAAGGAUGACUUUGUUGAUAGUAACAUAGUUUACUUAGAGGAGAUUAAUGGGUCACUGCAAUUAAAAAAGGGACAGUCAGUAUUAUUACCAGGUGCAAACACAGCUAUUUGUAACUAA